AUGUAUAAGCUGGUCUCCUGCUGUUUGCUUUUCAUAGGAUGCUUAAAUCCUCUCUGGUCUCUUCCUGUCCUUGACUCCAGGGAAGAGCCCCUGCAGCUCUCAGCACCUGAAGAUGUCGAAUCAAAUUCGGAUGAGCUGGAAAGAGCUUCCAUCCUGCAGAUGCUGCCAGAGAUGUCAGGUGCAGAGACAGGAGAUGGUCUUAGGAAAGCAGAUCUCGGUACCAACAUUUUUUACCCAAGAGGAAGUGUGAGAAAAUUUCAGGCUUUCUCAGGACAAGAUCCUAACAUUUUACUGAGUCACCUUUUAGCCAGAAUCAGGAAACCAUACAAGAAACGUGGAACUCCCUCUGAAUGCUUCUGGAAAUACUGUGUCUGA